CAGGAUUUUCCAUCUUUGUGAGUCCAGUCGACGUGGUCAGCCCGUUGGCCAUCGAAGCCCGAGCAGAUCAGAUCAUCAGCAUCAGUUGUGUGGCCGGAUGUCGAAGCGCUACGACCGUCCACCUCGCCAGUCACAGCUGCGACACCUCCUCGUCCACGCGAGCCUCGCGGUCGGCGCUGUUGCAGUCACCCCAACGGUUGGGACUCAGCACUGCUGAGUUGGUAUGGACGGCUGCGCUGGAUGCCACUGACUUUCAGCCCGGCAGCUCUUUGUUGCUUUGCGCUGACAUGGAUGGCAGUGGCGACACCUUCGCAGCAGGCGACACCGGUGUGCGGAUCUACGUGAAAGGCUGGGCCAGCGCUAGCAUGGCGAUCCGCGCGGCCGAUGCACAGCAGGUCUUAGUGAGUUGCCUUGAUUGCUCCGCCGUCACGAAGAUUGCCCGAGCCUAUGUGGCCGAACAUUGUGGCCGCGUGCAGGCAACAGAAAAGACUUUUCCUUUGGUCGAGACCACUGGGGGACUGGCGUUUUUGGUCGAUGCCAGCAUGCUGACCAAGGGAAUCACUGCGAGGUUGUGUGCCACUUUGGGGGAGCAAACUUUGCCGCCCUUUACCGACACUGCAUUGGAGAUCUUUGUGAGUCCCUUUAGCGACAUCGUGCCCACGAGGCUCACGGUGGGCACAGGGCAGAUCCGCCUCAAGUGCGAUCACUUCGUUUGUCCGGCGGAGACCACCUGGGUGCGUCUGGCAACGACUUGUGGACAGGAUGCGGCAGAACAGUUGGAGGUGGCGGCUCAAUCGGAUGCCGCCAAUAGCUUGGUCGCCCGCUUUGAGACCUCCUCCCUCACUGCUGGGCGCCGCUAUCACGUUUGCAUCCAGGUUGGGACUCAGCCUUUGGGAGACACCGGCCGCCGCAUCUACUUGAGCAAUGUAUCAGAGGUGACUCCAGGCUCGCUGCGAGCUGCUCCGGCACAAGAGAUUUGCUUCGUGUGCCCUCAGUGUUCGAGCGCCGCGAUGCUGAGAGUCGCGGCAUCGUGUUCGGACGCGCUGGAGGCCUGCCUUCCGUGGCAGAGAAUUCACGAGAUCAACUACACCACUGAAGCGGACUUCUGGAAUCCUAGUCUUUCUGGGGUCAUCCAUCCUGACAUGUUGGUCCUGAAGAAUUAUGAUCCUUAUCCUGGAGUCUUAGAGGCAGUGGCCAAUGGCACCUGGAGCAACGAGACGUACAGUCCUCCUUGUGCCCGCGCGUUGCGCGGUACCGGUGGGACGGUGCAGAUGCCUUUGCAGCCCAAAAGCGGAGCG